AUGGCGAAAGUACUCGAUCUACCAAAACUACAACCUUUUACCUUGGGGGAAACUUCGACCAUUAGCCAACGGUGGCGAAAAUGGAUCAAGUCAUUCGAAUAUUAUAUUGCUGCCUCGGGAAUCAACGACAAGAAACAACAACGUGCCAUCCUUCUCCACCUCGCAGGACCUGAAGUUGAAGACAUUUUUGAAACCCUAGAAGACACUGGCAACGAUCUCGACACCGCAAUAACAAAGUUAACGUCCUACUUCGAGCCACAAAAGAACAUUCCUUUCGAGCGUCACAAUUUUCGACAGACAACACAACUACAAGGAGAAACAAUCGAACAGUUAGCUAUCCGUUUAAAACACCAAGUAAAAUUCUGCGAAUAUGGCAACCCCAACGAUAUGAUCCGUGACCAGAUUAUCGAACAUUGUUCGUCUAGUCGUUUGAGGCGACGAUUACUUCGCGAACCAGAACUUACUCUUGAGAAAACAGUCGAAAUCGGUCGUUCGUUCGAAGCAUCCGAACGGCAAGCCUCGCAAAUAGAAGCAGACAGCUUAAAAACCACCGACCUGGGCGUAAAUGCAAUCCGUUCUAAAGCUGCAUCAACACAUUAUCCAACAGAUCUUACAAGGUCUUCCUGGUGUGCGAAACAUAUCCGACGACAUCAUUGUUUUCGGUAAAACCAAAGAUGAACACGAUCAAAACCUUAACAAUGUCAUCCAACGUCUACAAGAAUCGAGUCUCACCCUGAACAAGAAUAAGUGCUUUUUUGGUGUUAGCAACCUCACAUUUUUCGGUCACGAAGUGUCAGCAUCUGGGGUCAGGCCCGACACUAAGAAAGUUGAAGCUAUCCGUGAAGCAAGAGUACCCACCAAUGCAGCCGAAGUACGCAGUUUUUUGGGACUUGCCACCUACUGCUCGCGUUUCAUCCCGAAUUUUGCAGCUGUUGCCAACCCUCUCCGUCUACUUACUCGGAAAAGCACUCCGUGGCAAUGGAAUUCCAUCCACCAAAACGCGUUCGACACCCUGAAGAAUCUUCUUACUGGCAAUACGGUUAUGGCCCACCACGAUCCCUCGGCUCCAACUCACCUCCGUGUUGAUGCCAGCCCUGUAGGGCUCGGAGCCAUGCUGACCCAAACCCAACAUGGAAUAACUAAGCCUAUUGCCUAUGCCAGUCGCACCCUAUCAAAUGUUGAACGUCGCUAUUCCCAAACCGAAAAAGAAGCUCUCGCUGUAGUUUGGGGAUGCGAGAAAUUCCACCUAUAUCUGUAUGGCACCGAGUUCACAAUAUAUACCGACCACAAACCAUUAGAAAUUAUAUACAACCCCAAACGCAAACCCACCGGUCGAAUUGAACGCUGGGCCCUCAGAUUACAACCAUAUCAUUUCAAGAUCCAGUAG